AUCUCGUUGGGAGCAACUCCACGUGUCAACACUGGUACGAGGAUGAGCCUACAAGCAACGUAACAACAGUUUUUUCUUCUCCCAGAAACAAACCGUUGGUCGGUUUGGUUUUGAUUUGAUGCGUUUGAUGUAUGUUGUUCAGAGAAGAGACUGCGAGUUUAUGUAAAUGUAAUAAUACGCGCAGCUGAAGAGCUGAUCACCAUUCACCAACAAAUCAAUGCAUACAAAAGAAUAUGAUAGGGAUGAUCAUCCUUCGCCGUCGUCCACCCCUCGAAUGCACAGGGAAUCCACCCACGCCGCCCAGGCCGCCUUUCUUUCGCCGUCAACACCUCGAACGCAGAGGGAAUCUCACGCUCUUCCUUCCUUAUCCACACCUCGAAUGUACAGGGAUAAUGGCCCCUCUUCGCCGUCAACCCCUCGACUCCGCCACCGUAAACGCUAUCAAGAGGAUAUUCCGGGUGAAAGCAAAAUAAAUGGGAUCGACUUACUUGUAAACGAUCAAGACAAAUACAGGUCUAUGUGGAUCCGUGCAUGUUCUUCUCUGUGGAUGGUUAUAGGUUUCAUCGCCGUUAUUUACUUGGGUCAUCUUUAUAUUUGCGCAAUGGUGGUUGUUAUUCAAAUAAUCAUGACUUCUGAGCUCUUCAAUUUGCUCAGAAGGGCUCAUGAGAGUAGGCGCCUUCCAGGUUUUAGGCUUCUGAAUUGGCACUUUUUCUUCACUGCCAUGCUGUAUUUGUAUGGAAGGAUUCUUAGCCAACAGCUUGUGAAUACUGUAAUUUCUGAUCAGUUCUCGUAUAAGCUAGUGGGCAUGUUUAUCAAGUAUCAGAUGGUCAUUUGUUACUUCUUAUACAUAGCAGGAGUUAUGUGGUUCAUACUCACUUUAAAGAAGAAGAUGUACCAGUAUCAAUUUGGACAGUUUGCAUGGACACACAUGAUCCUUAUUUUGGUCUUCACACAAUCCUCAUUCACUGUAGCCAACAUCUUCGAAGGCAUUUUCUGGUUCAUUCUUCCAGCAUCACUUAUCGCUGUCAAUGAUGUAGCGGCUUACUUGAUUGGGUUUUUCUUUGGGAAAACUCCUUUGAUUAAACUAUCUCCAAAGAAGACAUGGGAAGGUUUUAUUGGAGCAUCUGUUGCGACCAUGAUAUCAGCAUUCUUGCUCGCAAAUCUCUUAGGCCGUUUCCAAUGGUUGACAUGCCCAAGAAAGGAUUUAUCAACCGGUUGGCUUCAGUGUGACCCUGGUCCGUUAUUCAAGCCAGAAUACUAUUCUUUGGGUAGUUUGCUACCAAACGAGUUUCCCUGGAAGGAGAUAUCGGUACUUCCUGUUCAGUGGCAUUCUUUAUGCCUUGGGUUAUUCGCAUCAGUUAUAGCACCCUUUGGAGGAUUUUUCGCUAGUGGUUUCAAGAGAGCCUUUAAAUUCAAGGAUUUUGGAGAUAGUAUCCCUGGACAUGGUGGCUUUACCGAUAGAAUGGACUGCCAGAUGGUGAUGGCAAUUUUUUCCUAUAUCUAUCUGCAAUCAUUUGCUCUCCCACAAUAUGACUCUGUUGAAAUGAUACUGGAUCAGAUUGUUAGGGGCCUGAGCUAUGAGGACCAGACAACACUAUACAUUAGGCUGAGCCAGAUAUUCAAGGAGAGGCAGCUUGGGAAUUCAUUAGCCUGAUGGAAGUUCAUAUAUAUACACAACUGUCCUGGAUCAACCUUAAUUAGCUUUAUGCCACUGUGAUACCAGCCCUUCCUGAGAUUUGAAGGGAUGGUGUAUGGAAUGAUUGAUGUUGAGAAAGAAAUCGCCUCUGAUCUGAUAUUACUUGUUUCUGUAUGUAAAACAGUGUAGAAGGGCAUGCAUACAUGCACGCACUUAAACAUGUUCUCAUGAGCUAAAUUUGAUUUCUUC